AUGCCCGCUAGAUUGGAUGAAGUUGUCGACAAGAGAUUUGAUUUUGUUAUCGUCGGUGGAGGAACCGCUGGCCUUUGCUUAGCUGCACGUCUGACUGAGGAUCCAAACAUAUCUGUUUGUGUUUUAGAAGCUGGUGCUGCCCACCUAAACGACCCUGAUCUUAUCCGGCCCGCAUCAUUUGGAACGCACUUCGGUCAGCCUCACUAUGAUUGGUGCUUCCGCACCACCGCACAGAAACACUGCAAUGGGAAUCAGUUUGUAUGGCAACGAGGUAAAGGGCUCGGAGGAAGCUCAGGAAUCAACUUCUUGUGUUGGAGUAAGCCUCCCAAGGAAGAUGUUGACGACAUUGAGAGAUUAGGAAACCCCGGCUGGAAUUGGAAUAACUAUCAGAAAUAUUCACAUAGGACUGAGAAAUUUGUGUACCCUACCGCAGAAUUCCGAAAGAACCACAAUCUAGAGCUCGAUCACUGGGAAAGUGGACACGAAGGCUCACUUCUCACAGCCUUCCCGGCGAAAAUACCGAAGAUAGAACUCGAAGUACAGCAAUCUCUCCUCAACUUAGGCUUGAGUGUCGCCCAUAACCCUCUUGGAGGCGACCCCUGUGGCAUAUUCUUCGGCCCUAACACAGUGGAUCCAAAGACCCACACGAGAAGUUACUCCACAACUGCGUUUUAUCUGCCCAACAUCCAUCGCACUAAUCUCACUGUUCUGGUCCACGCGCAUUGUCACAGGAUCAUAACAGACUCAAUGACGCAGGGUGUUUUGGCAAAAGCCACUGGAGUGGAAUUUGAAUGCGAAGGACGGGCGUGCGUUGUCCAUGCUGUGAGGGAGGUGGUGUUGUGCGCAGGAGCGCUUAAAUCCCCUCAGAUCCUGGAACUCUCGGGAAUCGGGCAACGCGAGGUAUUGGAGAAGAUAGGUAUGAGCACGGUCGUAGAACUGCCCAGCGUGGGCGAGAAUGUGCAAGAACAUGUUUUCACUGGGAUUGUCUAUGAAUUGAAGGACGAUGCGGCAUUCGAGACUUUGGAUAUCCUAAGAGACCCGAAGGUUGUCGCGGAACACAUCGAACUCCAUGCGGUCGGGGAGGGCGUGUAUACCCUCGGUAUAGUGGGAUUUGCGUUCGCGCCGUUGUCCACUCUCUCCCCCUCUACUGCUGAGCACGUCUAUUCUGCAAUGAAGUCGAAAGUCGAGCGGGAGACGGCUCGAUAUGACAAGCCUGGAAUGAAGGAGAUGAUCGAUAUACAGCUGGGAAGGUUGGACAGGGGUGCUCCCUGUUGCGAAAUUAUCACAUACCCUGGAUUCUUAGGGUUUCCAGCUCCUCCGAAGCCUGGGAAAAAGUAUAUCUCGAUUCUGGUGGCUACGAAUCAUAACUUUUCCAGGGGAACAAUACAUUGCACGUCGCCAGACCCGAAGGAAGAUCCGGCCUUUGACCCUCACUAUUUCGAAGAAGAAAUCGAUCUUCAGACCUUUGUCGACACCGUCAAGUUCGUGCGGACGAAGCUGAGCAAGACGGCUCCGUUCUGCGACAUGAUUGUUGAAGAACUGAAUCCCGGACCUGAGGUCCAGACAGACGAGGACAUCGGAAACUGGCUGAAGAAGUUUAUGAUGACGACGUUCCACACGGUCGGGUCGUGCUCCAUGCUUCCGAAGGAUAAAGGCGGAGUGGUAGGUCCUGAUUUAAAGGUAUAUGGAACGGAGAACAUUAGAGUUGUCGAUCUUUCCGUUGUUCCCCUGCAUAUUGCGGCGCAUACUCAAGCUACUGCGUACGCUAUAGCUGAACAAGCCUCGGAUAUAUUGAAGCAAAGCUACGCUUGA